UCCUUUCAGUCCCAAAUCCAUUCACUGUCCAAAUCUUGUAGACUUCACCUCCGCAACAUCUCCAAGAUACGGCAGUUCCUAACCACGGAAACUACUAAGCAACUUAUUCCCUCCCUGGUUAUCUCUCGCCUUGACUAUUGUAACUCCCUCCUCAUUGGCCGACCUCAUCGCAGGCUAUCCCCUCUUCAGUCUAUCCGUUCUGUAUCUGCCACCCCUCUCUGCCAAUCCCUCCACUGUCCUCUACUUAGUGUCCUCUGCCCCUCUCUGCCAAUCCCUCCACUGGCCUCCACUCAGUGUCCUCCAUCCCUCUCUGCC